UUGAAUGUAUAGCUAGUUUAUCAGAUAUAUUAUUGAUAAAGGCUCAAACCUUGGGUGUACUAUUGAUAAUUUCCAUAAAGUUUUUAUCAUGUUUUUUUUGUAAAUGUCUUUUAUGUUACAUGUUCUGGUUCACCCGGUACCAACCAUACAUUAAUUUUGUUAUAGUAUUUUUAUACACAAACAAAAACAAUGACCCGGAAGGGCCAAAAAAAGGGGACCGAGAACGAGUUUACCACCAGAUCAUGCCGUGGUGUCAUGCGCUCGGGACUUUCACGUCCCUUAAGCCUGAGGCCCUUUUUGGUUUUGACGAACGAAUUGAAGGGAUUGGCGGUUUGGUUGGCAGCGACACAAGAGAGGGAAGUGAAAAUUGAACAAAAGGAAUUUUUUUUUUUUUUUUUUUUUUUUUUUUUUUUUUUUUUGAGAUAUUCGAAUAUUACCUCAAAAUUUUCAAAUUGGGAUGUCAUCCUGAAGCUUAUGUCUAAUCUGUCAAAUACUAUGUACCUUGCAUGUAUAUGAUUUGUAACGGCGGCGGAGUUGUUGGAACUGAAACAAUUGAAUUAAAUGUCGCUUCUCCGCAAGCUCUUCCACUAUCGCAAGCCACCUGACGGACUCCUGGAGAUAUCUGAGAGACUCUAUGUCUUUGAUUGUUGUUUUACUUCCGACUCCUGGGAAGAGAAGAGCUAUAAAGGUUACUUAGCAGGCAUAGUCAGUCAGCUACACGCACAAUUUCCAGAUGCUGCAUUGCUGGUUUUCAAUUUCCGGAAGGCAGAGGUGGAGACCUCGAUUUCAAAGAUUAUGUUGGAGUAUGAUAUGACCAUAAUGGAUUAUCCAAGGCAUUAUGAGGGUUGUCCUAUCCUUUCAAUGGAGUUGAUCCACCACUUUCUGCGUUCAACUGAAAGUUGGCUUGCACUGGGGCCACAAAAUGUAUUGUUGUUGCAUUGUGAAAGAGGUGGUUGGCCAGUCCUGGCUUUUAUGCUUGCUGCACUUUUGAUUUAUAGGAAACAAUACACCGGGGAGCAGAGAACCUUGGAUAUGGUUUACAAGCAAGCUCCUCGCGAGCUUUUGCCAUUGUUGUCACCUUUAAAUCCCAUCCCAUCGCAGCUUCGAUACCUUCAAUAUAUAUCAAGGAGAAACGUUGCUUUACAGUGGCCUCCUUUGGAUAGGGCAUUGACUUUGGAUUGUAUAAUUUUCAGACUUAUACCUGAUUUCAAUGGAGAGGGGGGUUGUCGUCCUUCAUUUCGGAUUUAUGGACAAGAUCCUCUUGGUGGUGAGGAUAGAAAUCCAAAAUUAUUGUUCUCAACUCAAGAGCAGUGCAAAGCUACCCGUACAUAUAAGCAGGCUGAAUCAGAGAUUGUUAAAAUUGAUCUAAACUGUAAUAUCCAAGGCGAUGUUGUUCUCGAGUGUACAAGCCUCUAUAAGGAUUUGGAGCAUGAAGACAUGAUGUUCCGCAUCAUGUUCAACACAGCUUUUAUAAGGUCCAACAUUUUAAUGCUUAAUCGAGAUGAAAUUGAUACGCCGUGGGACACUAAGGAUCAGUUUCCGAAGGAUUUUAGUGCAGAGGUUCUGUUUUCAGACAUGGAUGCCUCUGCUUCUAUUGUUGCUGCAAAUUUGUCGUGCUUUGAGGAAAAUGAGGGCCUUCCAAUGGAAGCAUUUGCUAAAGUUCAGGAGUUUUUUAGUCAUGUUGAUUGGCUAGAAUCGAGUGCUGAUGUUGCUCAAAGUGUGAUACAAAAAGUUCCACCACCACACAGUUCAUCCGAACACUUUGACUUCGCUACUGCUCCACAUGCUGUGAAUAUCAGUCCAAUGUGUAGAUCAAGCCAUCAGAAGCCCAAGGAAGAGAAGAAAUAUUACAUUCUUUGUAAAUCUGAGGACAAGGAUGAUCAGGUUUUUCUUUGUCAAAAAGUAUCGAAGGGUUGCAAUCUGGCCCAGUUGCUUCAAUAUCAACCUAGGGAAAUAGCUCAAACUGCUCUCUGCCCAGAAACAAGAAUGCUUUCAGCCGCAUCUCAAUCAUCAGCAAUUACUAAGUCACCGCUGACUGCUUCAGGAAGCAAGAUCCCAACAUUAGGGAGUGGGCCUCUGCCACCUCCUGAAACUCUCAAACAGCCAUCUGUUGAUCCUUCACAUGAAGAUACUAGCGUUAUGGCCAGAUGUCUAUCAGAAUUCUCAUCUCCUUCGGAAAAUACUCUAAGAAAGGAUCCAUGUUUUGAAAUGGCAACGUCAUCACUUCCAUCCCCUCCAAGAUCAUAUGUGAAUCCUUCAAGACUAGAAUCAACCCUUAAAUCUCCUUCUUCGCCAACACUUUCUAAUCCACCACCACCACCUCCUCCUCCCCCUCCUCCUCUUGCUGCUGCUGCUGUGCCUCUAUGUCCUCCAACACUUUCUUUAGAUGAAAAGUCAACCAACUAUGCUGAUGUUUACUUACCACCUCUAUUAGAUGUUCUUCCCAAAACUUCUGAUAAGCUGGAAGUAAUUGGAACUCUGUCAUCCCAGUCUCUUGCAUCGCCAUAUAAAAACAGUGCAGCAAAGUCUAGACCUUCCCCUCCCCCACUUCCUCCCGCAUCUCCUUUGAAGGAGAACAUUGGAAAAUCUGUACCUCCCCUAGCCCCACUUCCGCCUCAGAAGUCCGGUUCUUCAAGGUCAUUUCCGGCACCCCCGUCGCCUCCACCUCCUCGUGGUCUCGGACUUCAAUCCCAGCAACCACAAGUUACUCCAUCUGUUCCUUGUGCGCCUCCACUUCCUGUUGGUCUAAAUAAUGGAGCUUCAAAGUUGGCUACUAUUCCAGAUCCUGCAAUGCCUUUAAGCUCUCUGAAUGUGAAGGGACGGAGUAUUUCACGUUCUUUGGUACCGAAAAACUCCCAAACCAGUAAAUUAAAGCCAUUGCACUGGUUGAAGCUGACUAGAGCAGUGCAAGGAAGUCUUUGGUCGGAAACUCAAAAGUUUGGAGAGACCUCAAUUGCUCCAGAAAUUGACAUGUCAGAACUGGAGAAUCUCUUCUCUGCUUCAGUACCAAAUUCAGAUCAAGGAACUACCAUUGGAAAGUCUAAGCGUGGUCUUGGAGCUCCCAAAUCUGAUAUAGUGCAACUGGUUGAUCAUCGGCGAGCUUAUAAUUGUGAGAUCAUGCUCUCAAAAGUCAAAGUUCCAUUAAAACAACUGAUGGCUUAUAUACUUUCUCUAGAAGAUUCUUCUUUGGACAUUGAUCAAGUUGAGAACCUCAUAAAGUUUUGCCCGACCAAAGAGGAUAUGGAGCUACUUAAGGGAUACAAAGGACAGGUUGAUAAGCUUGGGAAGUGUGAACAGCUAUUAUUAGAAUUAAUGCGAGUGCCAAGAGUGGAGGCUAAGCUAAGAGUUUUCGCGUUUAAGAUGCAGUUUAGUAAUCAGGCUUCUGAUCUUAGGAAGAGCCUCAACAUCGUGAAUUCUGCUGCAGAUCAGAUCAGAAGUUCGAUGAAACUCAAACGAAUUAUGCAAACAGUUCUAUCACUGGGAAAUGCAUUAAACCAGGGUACAGCUAGGGGCAAUGCUGUUGGUUUUCGGCUUGAUAGCCUGCUGAAGCUCACCGAAAUCCGUGCACGUAAUAACAAGAUGAUUCUAAUGCACUAUCUUUGCAAGGUGAUCUCUGAAAAACUUCCAGAGCUCCUAGAUUUCUCAAAGGAUUUUGCUAGCAUUGAAUCAGCUACAAAGAGGAGAUGCAAGCAGUUAACAAAGGGCUGGAAAAGGUUGUGCAGGAAUUGUCCAUGUCAGAGAAUGAUGGGCCCAUCUCAGAUGCAUUUCGGAAGGUGCCUUCAAUUGAACUUUCUUUCAAAUUUUCAGAAUCUCAAGGAGUUUCUCUAUAUUGCUGAGGCAGAGGUGCGCUCGCUGGCAUUACUUUACUCUCGUGUUGGUAGAAAUGUUGACACUUUAAUAGUUUACUUUGGGGAAGAUCCAGCUUGUUGCCCAUUUGAGCAAGUUGUCACAACUCUGCUCAAUUUCACAAGAAUGUUCAACCGAGCACAUGAAGAGAACUGCAAGCAACUCGAACUUGAGAAGAAAACUGAAAGAUGUAGAAACUUAGUUCAGGACAAAACGGGAAAUUAAUAACUGAUUCCGGCCCUUCCAAUAAUGAUUACAAAAAAAAAUAAAAAAAUGACUGAAGUGAAUAAGAUCUCUUCAUGUGAGUGGUUGUGGUAUUUUCUUGAGAGGGAGAGAGGGGGGAUAAGAAGCCUCGGUUCAGCAGCUCCUCAUAGGAAUUGAGUUUGUCACGAGGAGAAGGUUAUCACCUGUUCAUUUGCCGCCUCCGGUUCUAGCUUUUGUAAUCCUUGGUACGAACCCAAUGUUGUAUGUUGCUUUCGAAGACUCUCUGCUUUGUUAUUUCUGUUUCACUGUAUUAUAGUAAAAAUAUAAACAUGUCACUACUUCCGUACUUAGGAAUGAUACGUGAUUAUUAAUGAAAUGAAUUUAUGGUGUAGGAUUCGAACAAUUUCCCUCAAAAUUACUUAAAGAUAAAAUAAUUUCUUAUUUGCAUUGGUUUUAAAACUAAUUCUCACCAUAUUGUCCACGUAGGAUUGGUGAUGGCUUCGUUUUUUUUUUUUUUUUUUUUUUUAAAUCUAGUUCACUGAAGAACCGCUAACGGUGAUAGCAGAUCUAUACAAUAAAACCGCUAUCACCGUUAGCAGUUCUUCUGAUAAAAAUAUAUCACACUUAUAACCUUCUUUCCACUUCCUUAAUUAGAAGAACCUCUAAUGCUGAUAGCGGUUUUAUUGUGUAGAACCGUUAGCGGUUCUUCAUUGAACCAAAAUUUAAAAAAAAAAAUAAUGAAGCUACCACCAAUCCUACGUGGACAAUAUGGUGGGAAUUAGUUUUAGAACCGACGCAAAUAAGGAAUUAUUUUAUCUUUAAGCAAUGUUGAGGGAAAUCCCUUGUAGAAAUCUGUAUAUUCUUUUACCAUAGAAGCUCUGUAUAGAAUUCCGAAGCAUAACUUUUACAAUUUUUGUUU